AUGUCAGAUUCUACAGAGCAGUCAGUAAGGAAAUCAGAGAAGAAAAGUCGGUUUGAGCGGUUUUACUUAGGGCAAUAUUGUCAACAUUCUAUAUACCCUGUGUUUGCUACGCUGCUCGUGUUGGCUGUGGUAUUUAUACCCAUUGGUGUUGCUAUUAUUAGGGUAAGUGAUUCGGUAUUUGAGCUACGUAUUCGAUAUGACGAAACAAAUAAUUAUCAAUAUGUAAUUGGUCCUCACAAUCGGUAUCCACAUAAAUUUACGUUUAAUAAUUCCAAGUUUUCUACGGGAGCCCAUGUAACUAGAACUUUCACUCUUUCGAAGAGCCUGGCUUCUCCUAUCUACCUACAAUAUGGGCUGGCUGGAUUUCAUCAGAAUUAUAGGCGUUAUGCAUUUUCUCAAGAUCUGGCACAACGAUCAGGAGAUACACAUUCUGUCUCUCAAGCAUGUGGGCCUUUUCGAUACCCUGGAGAAUAUCAUAAACGCAGGGUUAAUGGCAUCUACUUUCCAUGCGGUUCAGUUGCUUGGAGUAUGUUCAAUGACUCUUUGAGUUUAUAUUACUUAUCGGAUGCAUCUAAAGGUGAUACUGCUUAUAGCGUUUCUGACAGGUCCAAAUUGAUUUGUGCUGGAAGUGCCUUUGAUUCGGAAGGCAACAGCUUAGAUAAAAACAAUCUUUGCAUUAAAAAAGGAAUAGCAUUGCCUAGCGAUGUGCAUUUGUUUCAUCCUCUAAAAGAUAAAGAUGCAACCAGCGCGGUCUGGAGAUUUGGUGGGGAUCCUACUGCAGAAGAUCCAUAUCAAAAAGAAGGAUAUUACUAUGAAGAGCCUGGACACCCAAUUCCUUCAAUUGUUGAUGAGGAUUAUAUUGUAUGGUCUUCUUUGUCAUAUAUGCAGGAUUUUGACAAAAAAUACCGAAUUAUUACGACAGAUCUACUACCUGGUGAUUACUUGUUUGAUAUUGAGGAGAACUUUGAUGUGUUUUCCUUCUCUGGUGAGAAAUACGUAAGUCUGGUCACACGUUCGUGGAUUGGCGGUAAAAAUUACGUACUAGGUGUAUUGUUUUUGGUUAUGGGAUGUAUCUCCUUUGUUUUGUCCCUAAGCUCUAUCAUUGUGCAGUGUUUAUAUUAG